AAUUACAAUGGCGCUGCAGCAAAACGGGAUCGGAUCCAAACACAGCGGUGACACUUCCAGCGAUCGCCCAUCUACGAACGGGAGCGGAGAAGUCCAGCGUGACCGGGCUGAGGGGUUCACGUUCACCUCCGAGCCCACUCUUGAGGACAUCCGCCGCAUGCAGACUGAAUUCACGGAAGAGAGGAACUGGAACCAGUUCCACAAGCCGCGGAACCUGCUGCUGGCGCUGGUCGGGGAGGUCGGGGAGGUGGCGGAGCUCUUCCAGUGGCGCGGGGAGGUGGAGGAGGGUCUGCCGGACUGGACCGAGCCGCAGCGGGAGCACCUGGCCCAGGAGCUCAGCGACGUGUUGAUCUAUCUGGUCGAACUGGCAGAGAAAUGCCACGUUGAUCUGCCUCAAGCUGUCCUCCGCAAAAUGGCCCUUAACCGACUCAAGUACCCGGCCAGCAAAGUUCACGGGUCUGCCAAGAAGUACACCGAGUACAAGGACUGAUGCCCGGGGCGGCUUCGUGCUGCAGCCAAAGACUCUCGUUACCGAGUGGUUUAUUUGAGGAAGCUGAUGCUGAGUGCCUUAAAAACUGUAAAAAUCCGUUGUGCUCUUAACGUCGAUGGUUUUUAUUUCAUUUAAACUAAAUGCUGGCACGACCGCCCCCGGUUUACUUUCAAGCUUUUUAGAAUUUGUACGUAAGAAACUUGUUUCGGGUUUAGUUUUAAAGUUCUCAUUUUAAGUUUUUACUUUACCAAACAAAAGCUGCUGUGGAGAACCCGGGUUUCUUUGCCAUGUAGCGUUUUUGCUUCAUCACAGUAAAGAGUUUUGUUGCAGCUCA